GUCCUUUUUCCCUCCCACCCCCCUAGGAAGUAAAGUAGUUCUCCCUUCCUCCUUUUCUCUCUUUUUUUAAAUUUCCUUAUCCUUGCGUAUUACUCCCGAAUCCUCUGUGUCCCACCCCCAACUGAAACCCCCCUACUACAGAAUAAGAACGAGAAAUACCUUAUUGGCAGAAGCAGGAAUCAUGAAUUCCCUCUGCUUCCCGAAGCAAGGAGGACAAACCCUCAUAUAAAUACAUGGAGGGCUCUGUUUUGUAAAAUAUAUUCUUUUUUAUUUGACAUUUUUUAAUGGAUAUCAUUAUCUCCAAAUGCAACAGUGAAACCUUCAGCUUUGCAGGGGAGGUAGCUGUAUCUGGUUGGGUGGCAGGCAUAGCCAAGGGGUACCAUGAAGUUCUCAGGGCCCCUGGAGAGCCAGAGACUGACCUUUCUUUUAGAAAGGGCAGUCUCUAGGGAAGCCCAGAUGUGGAAGGUGUACGUGCACAAAAUUCACACCAACCAGGAUGUAGCUAUUUCUCCAGAACAGCGGGAUGAAGUGAUCCUAUGGCUGGCUGAACUGAAGCACCAGUUCUGUGUUUACCCAGAAACACUUGCUCUGGCUGUCAGUAUUUUGGAUCGUUUUUUGGAUACAGUAAAGGCUCGUCCAAAAUACUUACGGUGCAUUGCAAUCAGCUGUUUCUUCCUUGCUGCCAAAACCAUUGAGGAAGACGAGCGGAUCCCUGUGCUCAAAACCAUGACACAGGACAACUCAUGUGGCUGCUCUCCAGCUGAGGUUCUCAGAAUGGAGAGGAUAAUUCUAGAUAAACUGAACUGGGACCUUCACACAGCUACGCCUCUGGAUUUUCUUCACAUUUUCCAUGCUAUGACUUUGAAUGCCAGCCCUGAAUUGUUUGACAGAAUGCCUGAACUGAAUCCAUCUCAGCAUGUAGUUCUUCUCACCAGGCAGCUUCUGCAGUGUAUGGCAUUUCACCAGCUGCUACAGUUUAAGGGCUCCAUGUUGGCGCUGGCACUCCUUAGUCUAGAAAUGGAAAAGCUACUUCCCGAUUGGCUGGCUGUUACCAUAAAGCUGCUCCAAUUGGCACAGAUGGAUAGUGCUCAGCUCUUCCAUUGCCGAGAAGCAGCAGCACGUCGCCUUUCUCUUCUGCCGCUUCCCUUGCCUCCCAAUGCUGUAUACAUCUACAGUCCCCUCAAGCGUACCCUGGUGCCCUACAACAGAGGAGCUUAUUUCCACCCCUCCACUGCAAAGGAACCAGGAUUCCAUCCACAGGGCAAGUGCACAUCAGGAGACCUGAUUAAGGGAGCCUCUGUCCUCUACCAAAGACUGGCAGCUCCAGCUGCCUGCAAACAGGCGUCCACCAAGAGGAAGGUAGAGCAGGUGGAAAUUGAUGACUUCUAUGAUGGGAUCAAGAGGCUGUACAAUGAAGAUAGCUCUGCAGAUGUUGUGGGCAUGGAGAUAGUGUCAUGUAGUAGUGGCCUGGCCAGGCCAGAGGGCAGUCUGUCCCCAUGCCCACAAUUACAAGCAGUGUCAGUCAUGUGAAGUCAGCACUUCGCUUGCCAGAACCUAGUGCCAGAUGAGAUUCCUUUGACUCCAUGUGCUGGUUCGGUAACAUCCAAUACAGAUCUAUCCAGCAGAAAUAUAAUGUGUUAAAAUGCCACACAGGCCAUGCCUUAGCAGGCUGUAGUAGAGGGUUAGACGCUCUUCCUGUUUUCUCAUGCUGCUAAACUUAGCUUCAUCAAUAAUAAAAAGGAAAAAAUUCUGAAAACAUUUUAAAAAGUUAAAUAAAAUGUACAUGAAAAAAAAAAUGCCCAAAAACAGCAACAACAAUAAAAAGUAGAGAAAUUGUUUAACAUUAUAGUGUUGUCAAUUUCAUGGUUCUAUGCUGGUACAACUACUGUAAACUGUGUCCCUCAAAAUCCCUUGUGAACUCUGUUCUAGAUUGUUCCCAACGGCGUCCUUCACUUCUCUGCCUUUUUUCUUACUGAUUACUCUCCACCUCCUUUGCUUUUUAGUACACACUGACCUUACACUAAAAAAUUUUUCUACUACCUCUUCAAAUAAUAUUGUUAUAUAUUUUGUCAUUAAAUUACAAUUCCACAUCAUUUUGCACAAUUUUGGGGCAUCUCGUUCACGUUGUACGAAGAAAACUAUUGGUGGUGCUUGUGAAAUUGUUUCUGAUUAGUGAUAGCAAAUUCUAUUAGAAUCCUGCAGUAAUGGCAUGGUUAGUCAGUGACCAUUACAUUCAUGCGAUAUGAUGUGCAAACACGAAGUUUAGCCUUGUUUUCACCAAAAGUUAGAAGUUAAUAAAAAGUCACUUAUUUCUAAUUCUAAGCCAUUGACACCAUUAUGGCAGGUUAUCCAAUAGCAAGUUGAAAAACGAUAGAUUAUUUUUGUUCAUGGGAAAUUGUUACCCAGAUCACAUGUAACUAUAUGUUGUCAAAGCAUGUGUUGUUCUUAUUGUUUUCUUUACUGAAAAACAUCUUCAUUUGAGAUCUUAUCGCAGUCUGUAGAAGGCAUGGCCAAUGGAAUCCUUGCUCCUUUAUCAAGUUAUUCUGGUUGCAAUAAAAAAUUGCCCAAUUA